UAUUUCUUAAGUUCGACAUUCAAAUAUCCAGAGAGAAUGGCAUGAAAGUUGUAACAUCAUCAUCAAAUCACAGCCCAUUGAUUUAGAACAAAGAAAGGAGAGAAAGAUCAAUUGGUUUAUUUUGAUGGGAUUUUCGGUGAUGAAAAAAAAAUUUAAUGUAGACCAGAAAUCGGGGCGAAUCUAAUCUACAUUAGAGAAAAAAAGAGAACUUUAAAUCAAACAUUUUAGAUAUUAAAGUGAUGAAAUGUGGAGUGAAAUUGAGAUGGCAGAACAUAUGGAAAGCAAUUAGGGCUUGAAUUGUUUUUCAUAUGUCCUUCAAAAAUGAUGGAGUUUUGUGUUUUAUUGUUUAUUUCUUGUGAAGGGGAAAAAAGCUGAAGAAAAAAGAUAUUCAUAUGGAGAAUUUAAACGUCAAUCUUUGAGUAAGAGAAAUGCAAAAGAGAAAAAUUUUAACAAAAAUGAAGGUAUAGGGAGGAAAAAAAAUGUAAUAACAUACAUAAAAAUCAUAAUACCUUUCAUGGUUCCCGUUAUAUUGAUGUAAUGUCGCAAUUAAUAAAUAAUAUAUACUAAAUAACUAAAAAUAUAAACACUGGACUUUUUCUUUUUUGACUGUGGAGAAAUUCCUUCAGUUGAAGAGUUAUUGAUUAAACAACAGUUGAAUAUUUUCACUCAGUCUUCUCGCAAUUCACUUGCGGCAUUUCUAUGCACAAGAGAGCCAAAGUGUGAAGCAUGAAGUACCCAAACACGGUGGACAGGAACACCCUGAAGGCCUACAUUGACCCGAAAGUGGUCAGGAGACACAAACCUCAGGACGGUCUGAAUUCCCUGGACCUCAAGUGGAACGUCAACAGUCCCGAAUCGCUGCAGAUCCUGAGCAUUGAGGCUCUGGCAGAGAGCUGGACCAUCAAUCCUGUCUACUCCGAAGUGCCCUUCGAUGUGGAGAGAAACUACUUGCUGGACAUUCUGAGUCUGGACUUUCCCGUGGCGGAUUUAUCGGCUAAGAUACAAGAAGAUGUCUUUUGGGAGCGCUUUUUCAUGUCUCGCUGGCCACAAUGCUGUCCUCAGACGAGAGAUCGGCCCUGGAUCAAAGUAUUCAUGGAGAAGUACCUAGCGGAGAAGCUGGAGAAUCUCCGGAGCGAUGACUACGAAGAGGAGCGUCUGGUGCAGCUGCUGGAGCUCUGUGCGCCUCACGUGGAGAACCUCAUUGUCAACCAACUCCAGCCCUCGAUGGCUUCCGUAGAGUCAGAGCACAAUGAUCACGUUGUGCCGCUGAACAUUGUCCUGUCCAAUCUGCAGGAGUUGCGGAAAAUCGACCUCACCUUCGAUCUGAAGAACGUCGGGACGAAUUUCUUCCUGGGCUGUGCAAACAUCUCAGCAAAUGACAUCAAGAAGCUGUCCGAAGGCCUGGCAAAGUGCUUCGAAUUGCAGGACUUCCGACUGCACAGCAGCAAAUUGGACGCUCAGAUGCUGAAGCAAUUGGCUGUGGCGCUGGACAAGGGAUGUCCCAACCUCGAAGUCCUGUCCUUUCCACACUGUCGCUGUGGAGACGCUGGAUUGGUGGCUUUCGUGGAAGCUCUGGGAUCGGACUCCUUCCCGAACAUCCACACAUUGAUUCUGACUAACAAUUUUCUGACUUUCGAUGGGAUUCUGAAUCUCGCAACUGUGAUUAAGAGACGCAAAAUCCAGAAACUGGACUUGAGACUGAAUCCUAUCAAAGCCAACGGAGCAUCUGGAAUCUUCGGCAUUCUCAAAGACAUCCCGAUUAGAGAAUUGAACUUGUCCUGCUGCUCACUGGAUAACUCAAUGUCUUUCAUGCUGCUGAAGAUCGUCGAAGAGUGCAAAUCACUUGAGAGACUGAAUUUAUCCGUCAACAGAUUCACUCACGAAUUGGGCGAACAAAUCACAGAAAUCAUUCCUCGUAAUACAAAUCUUCUUGAAUUUGAUCUUCGCAACACAGAAGUCUCAACAAUAUCGCGAAUGAUAAUUGACGAUUAUGUUCUGAAGAAUCAAUUGAGAAAGAAUUCUCAGUAA